GAAUUGUUGUCACUCGCUCCGGCGACACCCAUUAUUCUAAACAAGCUCAUCUUGAGUCCGGUAAAUCUAGUAAACAACAGGCUACAAAACCUCGAUUUCCGUCACGAAGGAAUAAUGUAAUUUGGACUAAAAUCACCCCAAAAUGAUGAAUUUGUAUAUUUGUGUAUUCUUGGGGGUUUUAACCCUCUAUGUUUCACAAGCCAAUGCUCAAUCAAACGCACAAAUUUCCAAAGCGAUAGACCAGGAGACAAAGACAGCCGGCGCGACUGGCCUGCUCAACUGCACCGUCUCAGGCCUCGCUGCGGCACAAGGUUCAGUCCUCUGGUCCAAGAAGAUGCCAUCCGCCAAGCCAAUAUCACGCAACCAACAGAUUGUGAGGAAGAACCCGCUCGGGCCUUUGGGCCAGAAGAAAUUUGAGAUCAUCGUGACGUACUUGACGGCACAGACGCAGAUUUACACUUUAGUGAAUCGACGGCUAACUUCGGAUGAUAGCGGGGAGUAUACGUGUGAAAUAUAUCUCCCCGGGAAUUCUGCCAAGGAUACGCCUAAAGCGGUUGGAGUGUUGGUGGUGCAGCUCCCUCCUGCUAUUAGCGACAGUGACACCACACCAAUGAAACUAGCGCACGAGGGUACCGACGCACUCCUCACAUGUGACGCCAGCGGUGUUCCACCACCGACAAUAUCAUGGUCGCGGGCUAACGGGAAGUCCAUGUCAAAUGGCAUGCAAACUGUAUUUGGCACCGAACUCAUUCUCAAGAAUGUCACUACAGUUGAUGGCGGCGUGUAUAGGUGUAAAGCUGACAACAAUGUCCGACCCCCCGCAACCAUUGACGUCACGCUUCUCGUCCGGACCAAACCGGUUGCGACUCCUUUCCGGCCUGCGUACGGCCAAGCACGUGACUUGAACUUGGAGGUUGAGCUCGCGUGUAUCAUAUCAGGUGAGCCGACGCCAGACUUGUUUUGGUUCCACAUCAAAGAUAAGAAGAGCAUGUCGAUGAGGGCUCUGACUGACGGCCCUAAACACGAGGUUAACAAGAUUCCCAUGUAUCCAGGACACAACAGGCGCGAGACGGACCAAUGGCUGACAUUGCGCAUUCUGCAAGUUCAGUCUGAUGAUUACGGGACUUAUAUGUGCAUGGGCAAGAACGAGUUUGGGAACGGAUCAGCGGUCAUGACUCUAUACGCAACGCCAACCUGCCAGGGCCCCCUCUGUCAAUACCAGUCAGGUGGACUCGGGGCCGCCAGCAUUUCUGUCUCCCUGGUGUUGCUCCUCGUAAGCAUGGUAACGGCGUUUUUGACAGCGAAAAACAACAGAUAAUAAAACACAGACGGCAAGAACAUAUGAUUUUGUCUUCAGACUCAUCUCGAAUGCGUGGCAAGGAUUUGUGAUCACGAGAACAUAAUUUUUGAUAUAUUUCCACGACGUCGUGAUUUUCAUAUUGAAUUCAAUGCUUUGCCUUUUGUAAAAACAGUACAACUACACAGGCGCUGUGAUGUUUUGGGUGUUUUUCAUCUCUGAGUGUUUGCCCAGUGAUUUGGGAAAGUCAGAAAAAAAAAAUUUCGUGUUUCUCUGUAUUGCCCCGUUGCUCACUCCAGCUGUUUAUUGUAUUGUAUGUAAACACUUGGUAUGGGGAACAUCGAGAACGUUACACCAGUAAUAUAAAUCAGUAGACUUGCUUUAAAGACUAGGUGACGACAUAGAUACUCCCAAAUUCACCACUUUCUUCUGCUCAGGUAUUGGCCAAUUAGACGCGCUGUAAGCUGCAUGACCCUUGCUGUCUCAGCCGAAGAAGGAUGAGACAUGUCUUCUGAUUGGUCAAUACCUGAUCGUAGUACCAGCUUCCUGCUUGAGGUAAUAGUGGAGAACAGAGUAUGAUGGGUAUGUCAAAUAUAUUUCGAAGAAAAUGUAAAUAGCUUUAUUGAUUAUAUUUACAAGGCUAGGUAAAGCAGUUUACUCUAGAACUUACAUGUAGUAUUUUCAUUGAGACCAUAUGUAUAUUUGUAUUCAUUAAGUACCGAAGUUACAUGUCCAGUGUCCAUCAAACUUUAAGUAAUACCGUCCUGAAAAGUGCAACUCCGUUCAGAAGAUGUUAAAAUAACCAGAAAAACGUUGUAUGCAUUUUCUGUUUUCAUACCUAAUUAGUAUGUCGACCAAUCACGUCGCGUCGUCCCUCCAUCUUGUGUUGUUAAACUUCAACAUUCCAGUAGCACCAUAUCAUAGGCUAUUAUUAUUCUUAUUGUUAUUCUUUUGAGAUAUUUAACGGACGAAAACUCGACAGAAUAUUUCGUUUCAAAUUCCAUCCAAAAUGUAGCCUAGCUCAAUUUUGAUUAGACAAUGGGCCAAAAUGUGAGGAUUGGUCAGGUGUCACCCUGGUGUUGCCGAAGUGUUACCCCGGUGUCCAACCCGAGCUCCGUGUUGGGAGUUGGGGUAGGCCUCCUACACCAACACCAACACCUAACACUUUCCGAACCCCAAGACUUGACCUGACCCAGUGUCCAACCCGAGCUACGUGUUGGGAGUUGGGGUAGGCCUCCUACACCAACACCAACACCUAACACUUUCCGAACCCUAAGACUUGACCUGACCCAGUGUCCAACCCGAGCUCCGGGUUGGGAGUUGGGGUAGGCCUCCUAUACCAACACCAACACCUAACACUUUCCGAACCCCAAGACUCAUUGACCUGACCCGGUGUCCAACCCGAGCUUCGUGUUGGGAGUUGGGGUAGGCCUCCUAUACCAACACCAACACCUAACACUUUCCGAACCCCAAGACUUGACCUGACCCGAUGUCAUUGAACUUUUAAUGUCUGAUUUGUCGUAAAGACCAAAAUGAGGUAAAGUUUUCUUUUUCUGUUUGAAAGAUUCCAUAUGUGCCAUCACGUAAAAGCACAUUCAUAACACAAGAGUGUAUGAUGAAUAAUGUACAGGUAUAGCUUUGUGUGUUUUUAUAAAUUUAAUAGGCAUUAAAUGUACGUACUAUUCUGAAA